AUGGAAGUAGCUCCUUUGGCCCUGGCCCACACCCAUGCGAGGAACGCAGUGCUAGAAACUCGCAAGGCCAACCCAGUAGCUGCCAGCGAGGAGCAUGAUCUAGCUGCUGGUGAAUUUGCAACAGCUGCACAGAGCAGCUCCGACCAUGAGGCCCUACGGACUCUACGUUUGCUCGAAACUCAUCACAAGAGGCUCGCCGAAAUUCUCCGAUUCCAGCAUGAACAUCCAAACACCGUCUCUGCUGAAGCACCAGCUGCCACUGUCUCCUCCUUAGCGACCCAGCAGACCGCAGCCGAGGUCGGGGGCACAAAAGGUGCAACCGCGAACCAGGAUGCACAACUACCACCAAGACUGGUGGGCAAUGCUCGUCUACCAAGUCGAGAUAAAUCCUCUAUCGCUAAUAACCUGGCUUCUGCCCGAGGAAUCCCGUCGCACCCCCGCCGUGGAUCACCAGUAUCGCCAACGCUUACAUCGCAACAUGUCGCAGCAAAAAUGGCCGAAACACCACCGAGGGCUAAAGCCAGCGAAACAAGGCUACACAAUGAACCAACCAAAAAUCGGCACAGUCGUCUUUCUACACCCAGACAACCAUGGUCUCCUCCGACACCCAGUUCCACUGAUGCGGUUUCUCAACAAACUGUACCUAGUGCAACUAAAUCAAAGGGAUCGAAAGAUAAGUCUGCAAUUGCCGAUGAAGCAUUCAACCGCUUUUACUCAGCCUUCGGAGGACUGGUAUCCAAGGUGUCGGGGCCUUUGGCAUUCGCGGGGAUUCAAAUGGGGUCUACGGAUCCAACCAGCGCUGAACAGAGCCGCAAGUCCUCAGCUGAGGUGAAACUGCACCGUGAGCAUGCUGUUCUAGACCAUUCUAUAACUGAGCCCGACGUAAACAAACUCUUCUCUCGAGCCGCGCUGCGGUCGAUUCGAGACGGCUCUGGGGCAGGUCCCGGGAACCCAGCAGAGUCCUUCUACGUAGUCCCAACCACGGGCGGCACUAUGUCAUACGCAGGAAUUCUCACCCGAGCUGAAAAGCAAGCACGCAGGAACAGCAUCGAGGAGGGUGAUGACGACUUUGUGGAUGCGCGCGAGACCCCUUCGUCUCCUGAAAUGCGUCACAGUGCUAGUGGUUCCCGCAUAUGGGCGGGACGCCGCGGCGCACCCGAUAAACUUACCAGUCAGCAGACACAAAAAACAAUGGAAGAGAUGCAGGUGGAGAAUGAGACCUUGAGGGGUUUGACAGAUUCGCUCGCGACACGGUUGCAUAUGUGGGAAGUGAGCGCGCAAUCUUCGUCGAUGGCGCUGCAGCAAUCAAUCCGAAUGAUGCACCGCCAGAGCGCAGGGACGCCUGAUUAUUUCCAGCCCACAACUGGCACUACCUCGCCUGUUGCUACGCUGACUGCGCCGCUGGCUGCGGCUGAUACUGAUGCGCGGAUCAAAGAACUUGAGGAGCAGGUCCGGCGUAGUGAGCAGAAGCUUGUAACUGCUUCCCACGAGAACGACAAGCUCAAGAAUGUUCUUGGGCGAUAUCGAGACCGUUGGGAGAAAUUGAAAGAGGGUGCCAAAACUCGGAGAGCAGAGGGUCGCUCCGGUGACAGUGCGAGCAAUGCCCCUACGAGUGGUGUUAGCAAGCCGUCGGAACUCUCGGCCUCUCCAGAUACUGGUCAAGGUCCCUCUGCUGGUCAAGCAGGUCUCGUGCUGCAGGGGAUACUCUGA